CUUGAGCAAGAGCAGUUACAGUUGCAUUAGUAGAGAGAAGAAAUCAAAUGGCAAGCACAAUAAUGAGCUCAGUGGCGCUGAAGCCCGCCUCCUUCACCGCCGAUAAGUUCGCCGUCCGCGGCCUUCCAUCCCUCGCCAGAACCACCUCUCUCACAGUCCGAGCCAGUGGCGGCAAGAAGAUCAAGACCGACACACCUUAUGGAACUGGCGGCGGCAUGGACUUGAGAAAUGGAGUCGACGCCUCCGGCAGGAAAGGUACGGGAAAGGGCGUGUACCAAUUCGUGGACAAAUACGGUGCUAACGUGGAUGGAUACAGCCCUAUCUAUGACAGGAAUGAUUGGUCUCCGAGUGGCGAUGUGUAUGUCGGAGGCACUACUGGCUUGGCCAUAUGGGCCGUCACUCUCCUUGGCAUCCUUGCUGGCGGUGCGCUUCUUGUCUACAACACCAGUGCUUUGGUGCAGUAAACUAGAACUAUUAUUAUGUUUCUUUCUCCCAAUGUAUGCCACUACCAUCUGUAAUCUAUAGAUAUGAUUCUGUUCCGACGUCUUGUAAAAUUUGCCUUGUCAUAUACAUAUCUCAAUUGUUUACCAGCAA